CACGGCCGGCCGCCUCCUCGCCCGCCCUCCCGCAGCCCAGGAGCCGAGGCUGCCGCGGCCGUGGCGGCCGAGCCCUCAGCCAUGGCCUCGGGCGACACCCUCUACAUUGCCACGGACGGCUCAGAGAUGCCAGCCGAGAUCGUGGAACUGCACGAGAUCGAGGUGGAGACCAUCCCGGUGGAGACCAUCGAGACCACGGUGGUGGGCGAGGAGGAGGAGGAGGACGAAGACGACGAGGACGGCGGCGGCGGCGGCGACCACGGUGGCGGGGGCGGCCACGGGCACGCUGGCCACCACCACCACCAUCACCACCACCACCACCACCCGCCCAUGAUCGCGCUGCAGCCGCUGGUCACCGACGACCCGACCCAAGUGCACCACCACCAGGAGGUGAUCCUGGUGCAGACGCGGGAGGAGGUGGUGGGUGGCGACGACUCGGACGGGCUGCGCGCCGAGGACGGGUUCGAGGACCAGAUCCUCAUUCCGGUGCCCGCGCCGGCCGGCGGGGACGAUGACUACAUCGAGCAGACGCUGGUCACUGUGGCGGCGGCCGGCAAGAGCGGCGGCGGGUCCUCGUCGGGCGGCGGCCGCGUUAAGAAGGGCGGCGGCAAGAAGAGUGGCAAGAAGAGUUACCUGGGCAGCGGGGCCGGCGCGGCGGGCGGCGGCGGCGCCGACCCGGGCAACAAGAAGUGGGAGCAGAAGCAGGUGCAGAUCAAGACCCUGGAGGGCGAGUUCUCCGUCACCAUGUGGUCCUCAGAUGAAAAAAAAGAUAUUGACCAUGAAACAGUGGUUGAAGAGCAGAUCAUUGGAGAGAACUCACCUCCUGAUUAUUCUGAAUAUAUGACAGGCAAGAAACUCCCUCCUGGAGGGAUACCUGGCAUCGACCUCUCAGACCCUAAGCAACUGGCAGAAUUUGCCAGAAUGAAGCCAAGAAAAAUUAAAGAAGAUGAUGCUCCAAGAACAAUAGCUUGCCCUCAUAAAGGCUGCACGAAGAUGUUCAGGGAUAACUCUGCUAUGAGAAAGCAUCUGCACACCCACGGUCCCAGAGUCCACGUCUGUGCAGAAUGUGGCAAAGCGUUCGUUGAGAGCUCAAAGCUAAAACGGCACCAGCUGGUUCAUACUGGAGAGAAGCCCUUUCAGUGCACAUUUGAAGGCUGCGGGAAACGUUUUUCACUGGACUUCAAUUUGCGCACGCAUGUGCGAAUCCAUACCGGAGACAGGCCCUAUGUGUGCCCCUUCGACGGUUGUAAUAAGAAAUUUGCUCAGUCAACUAACCUGAAAUCUCACAUCUUAACACACGCUAAAGCCAAAAACAACCAGUGAAAAGAAGAGAGAAGACCUUCUCCACCCCGGGAAGCCUCUUCAGGAGUAUGAUUGAGAAUAAAUAUGCCUCUCCUUUGUAUAUUAUUUCUAGGAAGAAUUUUAAAAAUGAAUCCUACACACCUAAGGGACAUGUUUUGAUAAAGUAGUAAAAAUUUAAAAAAAUACUUUAAUAAGAUGACAUUGCUAAGAUGCUCUAUCUUGCUCUGUAAUCUCGUUUCAAAAACAAGGUGUUUUUGUAAAGUGUGGUCCCAACAGGAGGACAAUUCAUGAACUUCGCAUCAAAAGACAAUUCUUUAUACAACAGUGCUAAAAAAAAAAAAAUGGGACUUCUUUUCACAUUCUUAUAAAUAUGAAGCUCACCUGUUGCUUACAAUUUUUUUAAUUUUGUAUUUUCCAAGUGUGCAUAUUGUACACUUUUUGGGGAUAUGCUUAGUAAUGCUGUGUGAUUUUUCUGGAGGUUGAUAACUUUGCUUGCGGUAGAUUUUCUUUAAAAGAAUGGGCAGUUACAUGCAUACUUCAAAAGUAUUUUCCUGUACAAAAAAAAAAGUUAUAUAGGUUUUGUUUGCUAUCUUAAUUUUGGUUGUAUUCUUUGAUGUUAACACAUUUUGUAUAAUUGUAUCGUAUAGCUGUAUUGAAUCAUGUAGUAUCAAAUAUUAGAUGUGAUUUAAUAGUGUUAAUCAAUUUAAACCCAUUUUAGUCACUUAUUUUUUUUU